UGGAAGCGUCUGUGAGGAGGAGUGUGUGCGCCGAAACGUCGGCGGACCGUGGAUCCCCCUCCAAAUGCCUGCUGUUCGUAUCAUAAUAUAGCCCAUCUCUUCCCCCUCCGGGGUUUCUGUACAACGAAGCUUUUAUACAACGCGCUCUCUCUGCUACUUCCCGUUGGUUGUGGGAGUCACGUGACGCAGUUACGUGCAUUCGUUGGCGGCCGCGCGGUGCGAAUGAGGCACGCUAGCCUGCUUUCGCUGUUACGAUUCCGCAUCCGACGGCGUACCGGGCGUCGCUCUGAUUAGUUACCACGUUGGACCUGCGUGGUUGGCGUGCAACUUAGGAUUUGUGGCGUGGGACUCGAACGAACAACGAAAUGGAUAAGAUCUUCGGAGGACUGAAGAGCCUCAUCAAGAUCGAGACAAUUGUCAUCGACAACCAUGUGUUCAGGCUUCACUACAAGGUGACAGUGGCUUUGUUAAUCGCUUUCAGCAUAUUAGUCACCAGUCGGCAGUACAUUGGUGACCCGAUUGAUUGCAUUUCCAAGGACAGUGUGCCUAGUCGAAUACUCGACACAUUUUGCUGGAUUCAUUCAACGUUCAGCAUCAAAGAUGCAUGGGACAAAAAGGUUGGCGUGCAGAUCCCGUAUCCCGGAGUUGACAAGUACACGCCUGGUGAACCGCGAGUGUACCAUGGCUACUACCAGUGGGUUUGCUUCGUUCUGUUUCUACAAGGUGUCCUUUUCUAUGUGCCACGUUACCUGUGGAUGGCCUGCGAGGGCAACAAGGUGAAGACGAUAGUCCUCGACUUGCAUUCGCCCGUGUUAUGCGACGAUAAGCGACAGACGAACAGGAAACUUCUCUUGGAGUACUUCAUGAACCACAUGGGACAUCAUAAGAUGUACACCUUCUAUUAUUUUCUCUGCGAGGUCCUCAACUUUGUCAAUGUGAUCGGUCAAAUAUACCUCAUGGACGAGUUUCUCGGCGGUGAAUUCUCGACGUACGGAACCAAAGUGCUCGAGUUCACCGACUGGGAUUGGGACAUCAGGUACGACCCAAUGAUUCGUGUGUUCCCACGACUUACCAAAUGCACGUUUCACAUGUACGGCACUUCCGGAGAUGUGCAGAAGUACGAUGCCAUGUGCAUCCUUCCGAUCAACAUCAUUAACGAGAAGAUUUACGUCUUCCUUUGGUUCUGGUUCGUCAUCCUUUCCGUGCUGUCGGGGCUCACUAUCGUGUACCGCUCGGUGCUGUUCCUCUGGCCGCCAGCGAGAUUCCACGUAUUGAAGUCAAGGGCGCGCCUCGCAAACUCGACCUACCUCGAACGCGUUCUGGAGCGCUGCAGCGUGGGUGAAUGGUUUCUCCUGGAUUUGCUCGCCAAGAACCUGGAUCCCGUUCACUACAAAGAUCUGAUUUCGGACCUGGAAAAACGAUUGGAAGGCAAGAGCAUCGACCUGGUCUGACGGUGACACGCAAUUAAUCUCAUUUCUUGUUGCGGUUACAGUUGAAUUUUGUGAGGUCUUUGUUGCCAAGUGUUUUGUCUGUGAAUUAUGGAUUUUGGUACCAACGUACGAUCCGCCGCAAGUGUUUUCGCAGGGUAGAUGGUUUAAGGGUACGUGCAUGAACUGUUCCGGUACGCAUUGGGAGCUGGUCCUCCGCGUUACGCACUUAUACGUACAUGGCCGGACGAAUGCGCACUGUACUUAUGGCAUCCGUGUCGAUUCUCGUGAACUGCUCGCUUUUUUUUUCUUUUUUUCUGUAAGUUGUUGGCUGGCAUUCCCUGAAACGCAAACGACAAAACAGAUGGAUAGAUAGGGAACGCUUCGUUUGAUCCAAAAGGUGGAAGUGAAAAGUAAAGUAAAAUUUUUACGUGGCCGAAGAUGCUGCGCGAUCGCUUCCGUGACAGAGAACGGCCCCUCCCGGCCUUGUAUAUGCCAUAUAUAAUUCUGGCCGGCAUGGCAGACUAGUUGGCCCGCUUCCCAUAUUGCGUCACCCUCGUAUUCCCCGUAGAGCGUUGCUGACGUAACUGAAUAGUGAGGACUCAAGGCCAUUAAUUCUUUCAGCGAUUUUAUGGAAUCGAUUGGGUUUUAUUUGUUUUUUUUUUGUUUUUUUCAAGUAAUCUGGCAAAGGAAGAACAGCUUUAACGCAGUCAUUGCACCCACACCAGAUGCGCAACACAAAAGAUCUACCUCCUGCUCUUUGUCAACCGCGUCGAUCGGGAGGCACUUUUUUUGUGUGUGCGCGACCUCUCUCGUGUCCUUGGAACUUCCGACGAAUCUUGGGGCCCGUACCUGGGAAUUGCGAGUUCAUGAGCACCUGGAAGAGCGGUACGGUUUGCGUCGGUGAUGCAGUCGUUUCACGGGCAUGCGAGUCACGCAUGCUGUCAUACGCGUUAGCGACAUUUUUGGGUUGGUAGCAUCAUCUUUGCAGCGAAGGACUCGCAUGGGUUUCGUCAUGCUAAAUUCUCUGAAGCACCUACGAGCGUAGACUGGUUAGAAGGAUUAUGCCAUGAGAGAAGUGAUGUAAUAUGCCACAGCUGCAGGCGAUUAUAAUCACGGUCACGCUUCUGUGUGGGAGCGGUACGGGCCGUCGCUGCUGCGCUGUGGUCAGCGACGUGCGGAAUUGUCUCUGUGUUCCUCUCGAAACCGUAAAAUAUCCGUUGCUGUGUCAGGGAAGCGCCUGCAUAGCGGCUACAGUGACAAACUGUUGCAAUAAUCAACCGUCGGAACAACCUAAAGGCAAUAAUAAAUUGCACUUCAGUGCUGCCAUGCAUCCCUAUUUAUAUGCACAAUCACCUUUCUUUGUAUGUUCUUUGCUUCGAGAGUCUUAAAUUCUCAGCUUAUGUACGCGCAAUUAUGUUAUAUCAACUUGUGACGGUUCAUGUGGGGAAACUGUCCAGCAAUAACUCAGAACUGUAUUGGGAGCAUAUCAGUGAUUUUAGUUUGUGCUGCAACAUUAGACAUGCUCAUGCCAAAAGCAUCAAGGCAUUUAUCGUCACUCAUCAAGUGUAUCUUUGUAUGUCUGUCGUUUAUAUGAUAUGCGUUAUCAGACCUUUCGUAUUUUUCAAUAUGCUGAGUAACGUCAGGAGUGUAAGUUUUUGUUUUACUUAUUCAUAUACGUUAGGGACCAAUCGUUUCAUGUAUAUGUAUUCUAGUUUCAUUGUCAUAGCCUUUGCACUGUUAUACCAGGUGCAGCGCUCUUACACCAUUAUUUAUUCAGUUCAUCCGUGACAUUUGCCAUUGUGGCCAUGCAUGUUCUCACAAAGCAUGUGCCAACCUUAAUCAGUGGUGAUCCGUCUUUGUGACACAUGAAUGCCCUUUAAUAAGCCACCAAAUGUUUUCAUUCCUUGCGAGUUCUAAUCCACUAUGGGACCAACCUAUGCAUCAACAUAUCCAAAUGAACCCGCAAUGCUGUCUGCGGCAGUAUGUUCUCUAUUAUUGAGACUUAUAUGUUUCACGGCCCACACGUACCUUGAUCAAUUAUAUUUGGCAAUAUAAAUAUAAGUCGACAUUUGUAAAAUUUUCUAGAGUUACUUCAUCUUACAUAUGGCACAUGUACUGCAUGCCUCGAGGCUGCAGGUGAUACAGAUGUUAAGGAACACGUAAAAGUGUCGUUCCACAAGCCCACUCCAGAGACAAUUAUGUAUGUACUGUGUGUAUUGACUUGUUAGCUUUUGAUACACCAUUAUUUGUACUAUUGUACAACCCCUUUCCUGCCUUCAUGCUCACCCAUAGAACAAAUCUCAUUUCAUCAAUUUUUCUGUCAUUCCUCAUAUGUUACGUGCGUGUGUGAAUGAUUAGACGACGUACCAUGUCAUUUGUGUACGAACAUGUUUGUUCCGACAGGGAACAUCCUUGAUAUCACAAUUUACAGAGCUGCGUGUUGUAUAGUAGGUACUUUCUGAAGACUUGUUACGGUUUUACACUUUUGGCACAUUUUUUAUACAGUAAAAGAUCCUUGAAGAACAAGGAACUUGUUUCUGCA